UUCAUCAGUGUGACAGUGAGCGGCGUCCGUCGCGUUUUCUUAUAAAUAACAUUUUCCUAAAAGAUUUUAAUUUUGCUCUUACAAUUCUGUAGAAAAUUAGACCAAAAAUGUCGACACCGAAUUUUGAAUCCCUGCUGAAGCUGUUCACGGACACCCUGAAUAAGGCAUACAAAGUGAACGAAAUCGACCAGCUGAAGGCGGAAUACGACGGCCAAAAAGGUCCCACCGAUAACGACAAAAAGGCGGCCCUGCAUCAGGCGUUCCGGAAUCUUCUACUGACCAAGACCGACGACAUUCCGGCGAUUGAAGGGUUUAUCAAUUUUGCUGUGGGAGCUUGCCGAUUGGAAAUGACCUCGGCCACGAUUCCGGUGGUUCUGUUAGGGGACAUUUUCGACGCCGUAACGCUGGACAAAUGCGAACAGAUUUUCACCUAUGUGGAGAACAAUGUUGCCACUUGGAAGGAGGAACUGUUCUUCACCGCUUGCAAGCACAAUUUGCUCCGGAUGUGUAAUGAUUUGCUUAGGAGGCUUUCGCGCUCCCAGAACACGGUUUUCUGCGGAAGGAUUUUGCUGUUCCUGGCGAAGUUCUUCCCGUUCAGCGAACGGUCCGGGUUGAACAUCAUCUCGGAGUUCAACCUGGAAAACGUUACCGAAUACGGCGUGGAGGGAAGCGAGAUGGGCGAUCAGUUGGACGGUUUCGAGGAAAAUGGCUCCGCAAAUCAGCUGAAGAUCGAUUACAAUUUGUACUGCAAGUUCUGGGCGCUGCAGGAUUUCUUCCGGAACCCGAACCAAUGCUACAACAAGGUGCAGUGGAAAAUGUUUGCGGCGCAUGCCGGAAGUGUACUCUCCGCAUUCAGCAGUUUCAAACUGGAAGAACCUCGAUCAGCUUCCAGCAGUAGCAGCGCAUCCGCCAACAAAUACGGAACCACCCCGAUGGACAUCCCACCCGAAGAACAAAUUCGAGAUUCCGGGCACUUUUUCGCCAAAUUUCUCACCAACCCCAAGUUACUUUCGCUUCAGCUGUCCGAUUCGAAUUUCCGCCGGUCGGUCCUGGUACAGCUACUGAUCUUGUUUCAGUAUCUGAACUCGACGGUUAAGUUCAAGGCGGACAACCAUCUGCUCACCCAGGUGCAGAUCGAUUGGCUCCGAGAAACGGAGACCACGGUUUACAAGCUCAUUGAGGAAUCUCCGCCAAAUGGGAAGAAGUUUUCCGAAUCGGUUCGACACAUGUUGUCCCGCGAAGAGCUGUGGAACAGCUGGAAGAACGAAGGAUGCAAGGAAUUCAAACGUCCAGAUGCGGCUGCAGCUGCUGGAGCGACCACAACUACGAACGCCUCCGGCGAAGACCCAUCGCCACCGGUUCGCCUUCCCCAGAAGCGUCCCCGUAAGCCUCUGGGCGAUCUGAUCCGGGAUUCCACCAAGCAGGGCAAGUUCUACAUGGGCAAUCCGGAGUUGACCCGGCUGUGGAACACCUGCCCGGACAAUCUCCAGGCAUGCAAGGGCGAAGAUCGCAACUUUUUGCCAUCGUUGGAAGCAUAUCUGGAUGGUUCCAAGGAGAAACAGGAUCCAUCGUUUGAGUGGAGGGCAUUGCGGCUGUUGGCUCGACAGUCCCCGCAUUUCUUCACGUUGUUCAAUAGCCCUUCGUACAAGGUGGCCGACUAUCUGGAGAGCGUGAGGAAGAAGAUUCAAAAGGACAAGGUCGACAUCAAGCAGGAAGUGAUUCAGGAAGAUGUUCCGUCGCAGAACGAGAACGAACAAAACGAGGCGGAGGGAGAGGGAUUCGUUAAUGAAGAGGAAACCGAUCAGAUGGAUUCGGAGCUGCUCAAAACGGAACAGCUCACCCCGGAGGACAAGAACACCCACAAGACCAUCACCGUGACGAAGGCCCAGAUGGCCGAACUGGCACCAAGCAUCGGCAAGGACUGGAAGAAGCUCGCCACCAAGCUGGGCUACAAUGGCGACGAGAUCCAGUACUUCGAGUCGGAGAAUGCCACGGUCGGCGAUCAGUGUCGACACCUGCUGCAGGUGUGGUUCGAGGACGACAUGGACGCCAGCCUGGAUCAGCUGGCCUACAUCCUGGAGGGGCUAGAGAUGCUGACGGCGGCCGAAGCGGUCAAGCAGAUGAUCGCCGCGCUCAGCGACGACAAGGUGGAGGAAGUUUCCGAUUAGUAAGGAUUAGCGAUAGAGAACUAGUUUUAGGGACAAAUAGAAAUCGAAAUUCGUUUUUCGUGAAACUGAA